AUGGUGGUCCAAGGGUUCUUUCAUUUGCCAGUUUUCCUCUCCCUGUUGGUAUUCUUUCAUUCAGUAUUUACACAGUACCACCGUGAUACUCGCGAAGACUCCAUCUUUGGGAUGAUGUUACAAAAUCACAUCUUUAAAACAAUCACCAGAGCUGCAUUCGGCGAUGAGUGUUUACGGGAAUGUUAUCAUGACAUCAGAUGCCAAAGCUUUAACUAUGUCUUCACCCAAGAUAAGUGUGAGCUGAGUAAUCGUACAAAGGAAGCCAGGCCUGAAGAUUUUGUGCCCAACUCUGAGAGAUAUUACUUCAGACGAGACAUGAAUAGAGGUAAGCCUUCGGAUCAAAAUAAUAAAGGUUACCAGUUACCCAGUACGGAAACAAAAUAGAGUCUUUCUCUCUUCCAAUUUACAGUAAUCCUCGGUGCCAUUCCAGAGCUUCCUGCAGACUCGUGCAAGGAAAUCAAGGCCAGUGGAGGUGGACAAGCAGUCAGUGGUUAUUACUGGGUGAAUCUCAUUAAGAGAGCAGUUCUACUUCACUGUGACAUGAAGAUCGAAGGUAAUUUUAUUGAUCAAUAAUGAUGCCAAUGAAUUUGAAAGCGAUCUUCAAACUACUUUCACUACUUAACAGUAGUGAAAGUAGGGCCUAAAAAAAAACAGGUUUGUACGGGAUUUGAAUCCACGACCUGUGCGACACCGGGGCAACGCUCUACCAACUGAGCUAACAAGCCAACUGGGGUAUUGCACUGGUAUAGCAGAGGUCAUGGGUGCGAAUCUCGUACAGGCCUGAUUUUUUUUUUCGGGCCUUAUCUCACUACUCCUUAAGUAGUGUUCAUUAAUGCGAAAUCUUCAAAAUUAUUUCUUAAACCGCAGUUCACACAUAUGGUUUUCAUAUGUUUACAGUCAUUGGUACUAUUAAAGUCAAACAGCCUCUGUGAUUUCUUUCGACUACGUAUAGAUACAUUGAUACAUUCGAUGGAUUGCAUUUCAAAAUAAAUGUGCCCAGAUGGGCUAUACCUUUGCCUUGUUAAAAGAAUAUAUCGUUUUUGAGUCAAACUCUUAGUAGAUUUAAAGAUUUGGCUUUAAAGAAACAAAAAGGGGGAAGAUACAUAAUAGUGAAUCGCAAAUGACGUAUAGCAGUUGAAACGAAUGCUGUUAAAUGAAAGAAGUCAUCAGGCGAAUAAUACUACGUUGGCCGGUUGCGCAGUUCAGAACCGCGGAGACGCGGGUCGCUCUUGAACUGUACGACAUAAUAUCUCGAAUCCAAUGAAUUGCGUCAAUAACAAAAUGCUUGCGUGAAACCUACGAAAACAACCGUCUUUUUCCAUACUUAUUUAUUGACUUUGAUAAAACAAGUUAUGAUCCCUGUAUUUGUAGAUGCUGACGAAUGCAAUGCCUCUAUCCCUUUUUGUGACGCUAACGCUGAUUGCAAGAACACUCUGGGUUCAUACAGUUGUUCGUGCAAAGCCGGAUUCCUGGGUGGUGGAAAAACUUGUAGAGGUGAAGAGACACAUAAAUUCAUAUAGACUUCAGUGUAACGCGAGAACCCUUGCGGUAAAGAGAGAGAGGAGGGGGGGCACGGUAUAUGUUAUUUCUGGCUUCUCGAUCACCGUCUCCUUACCAUGUGUACCUCCUCAAGCAGAUGGUAAUUUAUUAUGGUCCAAAAGCCCUUAUCAUCCUCAAACGCCAUGUCUGAAAUCUCAUUGAACUAACUGAAGAUAACUUUCAUACAUGUAUGUGGCAGAUUAAACUCUAGCCUUUCCCCCCUCCUUCCCGUGCCAUGUCUGAAAUCUCAUUGAACUAACUGAAAAUAACUUUCAUACAUGUAUGUGGAAAAUUAAACUCUAGCCUCCCCCACUCCCCCCCUCCUCAUUCAUUUGGGUCUGAAGAUUUCACGCCAGUGAGUUAAGUUUCAAUAAUAUUCUCAACAAAAAGAUGAAGUAAGCCGAAAGAGAAUUUAUGGUAUUAGGCUGUUUCGAUUUCAAGUUGAUAAUUUUUAACAAAUAUUUCGAGGUUAGUAUUAUCACCAAGGACAUUUCUAUUUUAAAGACUGUGAAUUUAUGAAAGUCAUAUAUUUGAACUGCGGAUAAAGACGUGACCACGAAAAUAGAUCAUUACUGCGAAGAUCGCUUUCAUAUUCACAUUUAAAUUCUAGCGCACAUUUAAAUCUCAUCUCCACAUUGGUAAAUUUGCCAACAGAUAUUGAUGAGUGUAGUGCUUCUAUUCGGGUGUGCAACAUAAAUGCCGACUGCCACAACACUCUUGGCUCUUAUAGCUGCUCCUGUAAGCCUGGAUUUACUGGUAAUGGAAUGACAUGUGCAAAGCGAGGUAAACUUUCUUUAAAACCCAUCUCAGACCCAGUCGUGUUCAUUUUUAUUCUGAGCAAUCUUAAAGCCCUAAGUAUCCAAAUCGGGAGUUGAUGUGACGAUUUAGAGUCUUAGUGUAAUCCAUUAUACUUCAGAUUCAUUUUAAGAUUAUUAGCGGGCUGCUUUAUUUAUUUUCAAACAUCAGAGCGAACUGCCGCAACAAAGAGGUGCUAUUAUUUGUAGUGCAGAUCUGUUUACUAAAUAAUAUCACUAAGAAAUUAAAUAAAUACUUGGGCGAAAGAAAGAAAAAAAAAGGAAUUAUUUGAAUCAAGUACCAACCAAUUGAUCUCAUCCUAGCUUGUUCUUGAACUGUCAUAGGAAAAUCAAAAACGUUUUCCAUAACGUUCGACUAUCCGGGUUGUACCUCCCUGUCGUUCUAAAUACUUUUUUUAGGUCACAAGAACCUUUAAUCUGUGACUUUUUCUUUUCCCUAUUGUUUUUAUUUCACGUGGAUAUCAUUUGAUUACGCACGGCAUUUUGAAGUCGUCACCAACUCAAUUUGGAAUAGUCUUGCUAGCAUUUCAAUUUUCCACACUCCUGUUUAUUUUACAGAUGCUAAAAACUGUGCUGAUAAGUAUAAUUCAGGCAAACGAAGCAAUGGCGUCUACUCCAUCAAUCCGGACAUUUCAGGUGCCUUCAGUGUUUUCUGUGACCAAACAACAGCUGGUGGGGGGUGGACUGUGUUCCAGAAGAGACUGGACGGCUCUGUUGACUUCUAUCUCAACUGGAUUAACUACAAAACUGGCUUUGGUAGCUUGAAUGGGGAGUUUUGGCUUGGACUGGACAAAAUACACCGCCUUACUAACAGCAGUAAUUACAAGCUUCGUGUUGAUUUGGAAGACAUGUCGGGAAAUACAGCCUAUGCCGAGUACAAUGUCUUUACGGUUGGCAAUGAGGCAACAAAGUACCAACUGAACGUCAGAAAUUACUCGGGUAAGUUUUCGUUACGAUCCCUUCAAAAUGCCUAUGAUUUACGUUUGAAAAAUCGAGUGUUUCGAGUUCUAGUCCACUACCCUGAUGUCUAAGCCCCUACCUCUAAAAUGGCUGUUGCUGUGAACAAAUGGUCGGUGUUUAUUUAUUUAUCUUUUUUUUUUCAGGAAACGCUAGUGACUCGCUGGCUUACCAUAAUGGUUAUCCAUUCAUGACAAAAGAUAUUUCCUCUUCCAAUUGUGCUGUGACCUAUAAAGGAGCUUGGUGGUAUUAUAGUUGCUACGAAAGCAGCCUAAAUGGUGUUUACCAUAAUGGAGAGUACACCGGUUAUGAUAGCAUUCGGUGGCAUGGAUUCCUACAUCACUCAGCCAAAAGAGCUGAAAUGAAGAUGAGACCGAUCAAUUUAUAGAAAUUGAGGACAGAUACUUUAUUGCUGCACACCUGUGUCACCUCUUGUCAGGGCUAGGUGAGUGGGGAGGGGGCUGGGGACAAGAGAGGGUGGUGGGCUUUUUACUCUCUUCCUCUCUCUCACAUGCUGGGAACAAAUUAUGUAGGACUAUGAUGUCACUGAAACAAGUAGCGGUAAUAGCAAAGAAUACGAUUAUCCAGUCAGUUGAGUUGUUUCGUACUCGUAGAAAUUGAGUAUAUCUUCCAAUUUAGGUGUGUUGGAAGUAAAAUCGGGUUUUUUUUAUCAAAUACCAAUUUUACCUGCAUUAAAUAAGUUUACGUUUACGCUGCGUCCAUUUUUGAUAUGCGACCACCGAAUGUAAGGCGUGGAACCGAAUAUGCAUGGUCUGGAGGUCAUAAGACAGACGCAAACUGUAUUCCUAACGAACACAGAUGGAUUCAUUUUCCAUCCUAAAUGUACUUAUAUUACAACCUGAUGUUUUUACUUUGUACCAUCAAAGGCUCAAGUUUUGAUACCACGGAAAUGAAUCGAAAAACAACUUUUUAGUUUUUCAUCAUAACGACUGGCAGAUAUUCACAUCGAAGAGAGAAAAAAUCACUCUUACCUUACGUAUUGUUAAGAAAGUCGUAAGUAUAAAGAGUAAUUGUUUUGUUAAUAACUACACUUAUCUUGCGCUAGGCAGUAAUUUAGUUGUAAAUUUGCUAAUGUUGUGUGUUUAAUACAUGGCUUUGUGAGAUAUCUGCUCAGUUUAUCUUUACUAAAUCACUGCAAUUUGAUAUACAUGCUAGACCCAAAAGUUAGCAAGAACUCACUUUGCGAACACAAGACUUAAUAAUUAAUAAAUAAAGACAAACAAAGUCUUGACUUCUCGCCGUUCUGAGGGAAAGGUAAAGCACGAAAAAACACCAGGUGUUGUCAGGUUUGUUGUGUAUUGACCCAACGAUCAGAAAACAAGAUAAGAUCAAGAUGGCGGUUUUAAUAAUCUGCCAACAAAACCUCAACCUCGUGUACAAAUCGCGUGGCAUUGGGUGCUAGAAGAAAUUCAAACAGAAAGAUUUAACAAGGUGCUUCUCCUCUUUUUCUCGAGUACACUUCCGUUAUGCUUUACAACAGGACAGAGAAUAGUCGGUGUUGCUUUGUUUAUUUUAUGAUGAUGAAUUCGUCAAUUUCCCAACGUAUUCAGUUAAGGGCUUCAAAUCAAACUUUAUUCUUAAGUUAAAAUUUGAAAAUGUCACUGUUGAUUUUCAUAAAAACUAGUUUCACU